GUGGGCCGCCCACCCUGGGCAGCCGGGCCUGGGCGCGCGCGCGGGCGGGCGGACAAAGGAAGGGCCAUGCGGGGCGGCGGGGCGCGCGGGGCCCGGGGGCUGCGGCGGCGGCGGCGCUGAGCGCGGGCGGGCCGGGCCGGGCCGGGCCGGGGUGCGAGCCGCGAUGCCGUGGUUCCCGGCCAAGAAGCUCCGCAAGCAGGCCAAGGUGCUGCUGCUGCUGCUGCUGCUGAGCUGCGCCGCCUGGCUCACCUACGUGCACCUGAGCCUGGUGCGCCCGGGCCGCGCGCUGCGCCAGCGCCUGGGCUACGGCCGAGAUGGAGAGAAGCUGGUGGAAGUGACCGAGGGCCAUGGCGUCUGGGGUGCGCGGUCCACGCCGAGAGCAGAGGACUCCAGCGAGAGUCGCGAGGAGGAGCAGGUGGCUGAAAAUCAGGGUGCAGACAUGCUGCUUGGGAGGGCAGGAAGGCCCCCGCACCCGAGCCUCACCCAGCAAGUGCCCCCCUGGCAGGAGGAGUACAAGGGGCAAGUGAACCUGCACGUGUUCGAGGACUGGUGUGGGGGUGCUGUGGGCCACCUCAGGAAGAACCUGCACUUCCCGCUCUUCCCUCAUACGAGGACCACGCUGCGGAAGCUGGCGGUGUCCCCCAAGUGGAAGAACUACGGGCUGCGCAUCUUCGGCUUCCUCCACCCGGCGAGAGAUGGCGACGUCCAGUUCUCCGUGGCCUCCGAUGACAACUCCGAGUUGUGGCUGAGCCCAGAUGAGAGCCCGGCGGGUGCCCAGCUGGUGGCCUUCGUGGGCAAGACGGGGUCCGAGUGGACGGCGCCCGGGGAGUUCACCAAGUUCAGCUCACAGGUGUCCAAGCCCAGGCGGCUCAUGGCCUCCCGGAAGUACUACUUUGAGCUGCUCCACAAGCAAGAUGACCGCGGCUCGGACCAUGUGGAAGUAGGGUGGCGAGCCUUCCUGCCCGGCCUGAAAUUCGAGGUCAUCGACUCGGCUCACCUCUCCCUCUACACGGAUGAGUCGGCUCUGAAGAUGGACCAGGUGGCCCACAUACCCCAGUCCCCGGCCAGCCACGUGGCCUUGCUGCAGCCGCCCGCGGAGCCCAGGGCGGACAUGCUGCGGCCGGACCCCCGGGACACCUUCUUCCUCACCCCUCGCGUGGAGCCGUCCAGCCUGGAGGGCGUGCUGGAGCCGUGCACCUACGCGCCCACCUACGUGGUCAAGGACUUCCCCAUCGCGCGAUACCAGGGGCUGCAGUUUGUGUACCUGACCUCCGUGUACCCCAACGACCACACGCGCCUGACGCACAUGGAGACGGACAACAAGUGCUUCUACCGCGAGUCCCCGCUGUACCUGGAGAGGUUCGGGUUCUAUAAGUACAUGAAGAUGGACCGGCCCGAGGGCGAGGACGCCGAGGGCGAGGUGCAGCGCAGGGCCUUCCUCUUCCUCAGCCCGGAGGACUUCCUGGACGACGAGGACGAUCAGGAUCCGAGGGACAGCGAGGACAGCCCCACGCAGGCCCCGGGCCCCGUCGGGGAGGCCGAGGCGCGGCCUUCCAGCGCUCCCUCUCCGCGCGGCGCGUCCGCCUCCCCCGCCACGCCUCCCCCGGCCCCUCCGCGGCGCUCCCGGGCGCUGAGCUGGGCGCCCCGGCCCCCGCCGCCGCCGCCGCCGCGCCCCGACCGCCCGGCCCGGCCCCGCGCCCCCAAGGUGUACGUGACCCGCAUCCGGCCCCAGGCGCCCGCCCCGCCGCGGCCCCCGCGCCCGCCCUGGCCGGCCUUCCCGGGCGUCUUCCUGCCCCGCGCGCCCGCGCGCCCGCCGCCGCCCUGGGCGCCCGUGUCCCGGGGCCGCAGGGCGCCCGCGUCCGGGGAGCCCCGGCGCCCGACGCCGCCCCCGAGGCGGCCGCCCGCGGCGCCCGCGUCCCCGUCGCCGUCGCCCCCGCCGUCGCCGUCGCCGUCGGCCCCGUCGUCGCUGCCGGGGCUGUGGCGGGCGCCGGGCGAGGAGGCGGAGGCGGAGGAGGACGCGGAGGAGGAGGAGAAGGCGGCGGAGAAGGCGGAGAAGGCGCGGCGGGGCGGCCCCGGCCCCGGCUGGCGCGAGGAGGCCAUCGACUGGCAGCGCACCUUCAGCGUGGGCGCGCUGGACUUCGAGCUGCUGCGCUCCGACUGGAACGACCUGCGCUGCAACGUGUCGGGCAACCUGCAGCUGCCCGAGGCCGAGGCCGUGGACGUCGUGGCGCAGUACAUGGAGCGGCUGCACGCGCGCCGGCCCGGGCGCUUCUCGCUGGAGCGCAUCGUGAACGUGGAGAAGCGGCGCGACUCGGCGCGCGGGAGCCGCUUCCUGCUGGAGCUGGAGCUGCUGGAGCGCGGGGCCGGGCGGCGGCGCCUGUCCGAGUUCGUCUUCCUGCGCCUGCCGGGCGCGCGCGCCGCCGACCCCGACGACGCCGACGAGGACGACCCCGGGGACGGGGAAGCGCCGAGCCCCGACCCCGAGCCCGCGCCCGACCCCGCGCCGGCCGCCGCCUCCGCCGCCGCGUCCCCCUCGGCGCGCCCCGAGCUGUGCCGGCCGCUGCGGCUCGCCUGGCGCCAGGACGUGAUGGUGCACUUCGUCGUGCCGGUGAAGAACCAGGCGCGCUGGGUGCUGCAGUUCCUGGCCGACAUGGCGGCGCUGCAGGCCCGCACCGGCGACGCGCGCUUCGGCGUCGUCCUCGUCGACUUCGACAGCGACGACAUGGACGUGGAGCGGGCCCUGCGCGCCGCGCGCCUGCCCUGGUACCGCUACCUCCGGCGAGCCGGCAACUUCGAGCGCUCCGCGGGGCUGCAGGCCGGCGUGGAUGCGGUGGAGGACGCCAGCAGCAUCGUCUUCCUGUGCGACCUCCACAUCCACUUCCCGCCCAACAUCCUGGACUGCAUCCGCAAGCACUGCGUGGAGGGCAAGCUGGCCUUCGCGCCCGUGGUCAUGCGUCUGGGCUGCGGGAGCUCGCCCCAGGACCCCCUCGGCUACUGGGAAGUGAACGGUUUUGGCCUCUUCGGGAUCUACAAGUCCGACCUGGACCGUGUGGGGGGCAUGAACACGGAGGAGUUUCGGGACCAGUGGGGAGGCGAGGACUGGGAGCUCCUGGACAGGGUCCUGCAGGCGGGACUGGAGGUGGAACGGCUGAGGCUGCGACACUUCUACCACCACUUCCACUCCAAGCGGGGCAUCAACUCACGGCCAGGAAGAAAAGUUACAGGGCUGGGCCGGAAUGAUAACACAGCGGUAGGGCCUUUACCUUGCACACAGCUGAUCCAGUACAGAUUGUGGUUCGAAUCCCAGCAUCCUAUAUGGUUCCCUGAGCCUGCCAGGAGUGAUUUCCGAGCACCCCUGAUCCCCGGCCUCUUCCACACCUUCAUCACAACCUUCAGCAGUGCCCAGCUACAGGCUUUGCAAGGCACUGUGGAAGCCAGGUCUGGCGGUGGGAUCGGGGAGCAUCUGCAUUGGUCUGCGGCCACGGCAGCCCUUCUCCGCAGUCCAGGAACGAAGAGGGAGCUGACACAACUUGGGGCCCUGGGUGGGGGUGGGGGGUAUCCCUGGGACGGCAAGUCUGUGAAGUGUUCAUCAGGCUGGGUCGAGCUCCCUGCUGGCCUCCCCUGGCUGGCCCUACACCUUCGGCUGCCCCAUCCCACAAGGCUCACCCUGGAAGGAUUUUUCCACACAAAACACGUCUCUCAGGGAAGCAACCGGUCUGAUGAGAUGGGCGUUCCCAGCCCGCCCUCCUGGCGCCCCCACGGACAGUCCCACAGAGCGCGGCUGCCUGGGCCACAGACCCAGACCGGGGACCAGGACCGGGUCGAGUGGUACCUGCGAUGGAGCCCAGGUCACCCGGGCUGGUGGCUGCGGGGAGGAGUCCUGGAGCCGGCAGUCUCCACACCAGCGGCCGGACUCUCAUCAAGCUUCUCAGACCUUCAUCAGGCUCCACAGAACCCCCUUCAUCACGUCUCUCAGCUCCCCCCAUCAGGCCCAGAAGAUUUUCUCAAUCGCUCCAUCAUCAAGCCCUACAGACCUUCCUCAACAAAUUCCCUCAGACCCCCUCAUCAGAUCUCCUCAGACCCUCAUCAGGCCGUCAGGUCCCCUCAUCAGAUCCCAUCAGACUUACUCAUCAGAUCCCCAGACCCCUGGGUUGUUCCCCAGCACCCCAGCUCCCGCAAGGCCCCACUGAGUCACAGCCCCCUGCGGCCAGCCCUGCCUGAUCCUGCCCACGAAGCACUGCUGCAGCGUUGA